AGAACCCUCUACAGGGACGUCAUGCAGGAGAACUACGAGAUGGUGACCUCGCUGGGGGGUGCUGGGAUGGUGAAUGAGAAGGAGAAUCCACAGCGGGAAAAUUGUGAGGAUGUGGAUCUGCAGGGAACAGUAUUGGGAAGAACCAAGGGGAAUUUUUACCAGGAUCGUAAAGGAGGAAAACCUUGUGGAACUCAGCGCAGGUCAGAGAGAUUGCUGGGAUGCAAGCCAGGGAAGAAAACACGUGAACCCAUAAAUGAUGGUGGAGGUUGCAAGGACCUCAAGGAAACCACAGCCCAGCAGCGAAUGCCCAGAGAAGAGAAAAAAAACACAUGCAGCGAGUGUGGGAAAAUCUUUAUUCGGCGGUCACAUCUUAUUUCACAUCAGAAGGUCCACACUGGAGAGAAGCCUUACAAGUGCCUUGUCUGUGGGAAAGUUUUCAGUCAGAGCUCAAAUCUUAUUUCCCAUCAGAGGAUCCACACAGGGGAGAAACCCUAUAAGUGCCUUGUCUGUGGGAAAGGUUUCAGUCAUACUGCAAACCUUAUUUCCCAUCAGAGGAUCCACACAGGGGAGAAACCCUAUAAAUGCCUUGACUGUGGGAAAGGUUUCAAUCAGGGUUCAAACCUUAUUAGGCAUCAGAGAACCCACACAGGCGAACAACCUUAUAAAUGCCUAGAAUGUGGGAAAAGCUUCAUUCAGAGCUCAGAUCUUAUUAGGCACGAGAGAACCCACACAGGUGAGAAACCCUAUAAAUGUCUGGACUGUGGGAAAAGCUUUGUUCUGAGCUCAGAUCUUAUUUCACAUCAGAAUGCUCACACGGGAGAUAAACCCUAUAAGUGCCUGGAGUGUGGGAAAAGUUUCAAUCAGAGCUCAUACCUGAUUUCACAUCAGCGAACGCAUACAGGAGAGAAGCCCUAUAAAUGCCUCGAGUGUGGGAAAACAUUCAGCUGGAACUCAAAUCUAAUUUCCCAUCAAAGGACUCACACAGGAGAGAGACCGUAUAAGUGCUUGGACUGUGGGAAAAGGUUCAUUGACAACACAGCCCUUAUUAAACAUCAGAGAAUGCAUACAGGAGAGAGACCCUAUAAAUGCCUCGAGUGUGGGAAAAGUUUCAGUCGGAAAUCAACCCAUAUUGGACAUCAGAGAAUCCACAAAGGAAAGAAACCUUGCACGUGCGCCGAGUGUGGGAAAAGCUUCAGUCGGCGCUCUCACCUUAUUUCCCAUAGAAGAAUCCACACGGGCGAGAAACCCUAUAAAUGCCUCAGCUGUGGGAAAAGCUUCAAUCAGAGCUCAAACCUUAUUUCCCACAGAAGAAUCCACACAGGAGAGAAGCCCUAUAAAUGCCUCGUCUGUGAGAAAAGCUUCAUUCAGAGCUCACAACUCAACAGACAUGAGAGAACGCACACAGGCAAGAAACCCUACACAUGCGUUGAGUGCGGGAAAAGCUUCAUUCAGAGCUCGGAUCUUCUUUCCCAUCAGAGAAGCCACACAGGAGACAGACCCUACAAAUGCCCUGUCUGUGGGGAAAGUUUUGAUCGGAGAACACAGCUUAUUAUCCAUCAGAGAAUCCAUUCCGGAGAGAAACCUUACCAAUGCCUCAUCUGUUGGAAAAGCUUCAAUCAGCGCUCCAACCUCAUUUCGCACCAGAGAAUCCAUACGGGAGAGAGACCGUAUAAAUGCUCUGACUGUGGGAAAAGAUUCAAUCGGAGUUCGCACCUUAUGCGACACAAGAGAACCCACGCAGGAGAUAAAUGCCCCGCGUGGGGGAAAAGUUUCGACCAGAACUCAGAUCUUAUUACGCAUCAGAAAAUCCACACAGGAGAGAGACCCUAUAAAUGCCUGGACUGUGGGAAAAGUUUUGAUUGGCGUUCACACCUGGUUAUACACCAGAGAAGUCACACGGGAGAGAAUCCUUACAAAUGUGUGGACUGCGGGAAAAGUUUCAGUCGGUGCUCAAACCUUAUUACACACCAGAGAAUCCACACUGGCGAACGCCCUUUUAAAUGCCUUGAUUGUGGGAAAAGAUUCUGUCAGAGCUCAGAUCUUUUUUCACAUCAGAGAACCCACACGGGAGAGAGACCCUAUAAGUGCUCAGACUGUGGGAAAAGGUUUAGCGACAGCUCGACCCUCAUUAAACAUAGGAGAAUCCACACAGGAGAAAAACCCUAUACGUGCCAGGUCUGCGGGAAAAGCUUCAGUCAGAGCUCCACCCAUACUCGACAUCAGAGACUCCACAGGGGAGAAAAACGAUUCCCCCUUCCCAAACCUGAGCUGAUCGCCCGGCUGGAGCGCAGGGAAGAGCCGUGGCUCCCGGAUCUCCAGGCCUGCGAGGAAAGGGAGAGCCCGAGAGGUGCCCGCUCAGGUGAUGGGAUGGUGUGUGAAAACACGGAGGAGAAUCUGCAGCAGGAAGGUCUUGAGCAAGUGGAACCACGUGGGAUGUUAUUGGAAAGAUCUGAAGGGAGUUUUUCCCAGAGGCAUGAGCGGCAAAAAGCCUGGGGAAAUGGGCACAAGCCAGAGAGGCAGCUGGGAACCCAUCCAGGGCAGAAAGUGGGUAAAUCCACAGCCCAGGAGAGAAUCCCAUCAGGAGUGAGAGACAACACAUGCGCUGAGUGCGGGAAAAGCUUCAAUCGGAGCUCAAACCUUAUUUCACAUCAGAGACUCCACGCCGGAGACAGGCCUUUUAAAUGCCUUGAGUGUGGGAGACGUUUUAAUCAGCGAGAGCACCUCCUUAGGCAUCAGAGACUCCACACAGGAGAGAAGCCCUAUAAAUGCCUGGAGUGCGGGAAAAGUUUCAUUCAGAGCUCCCAGCUUAUUACACACCAAAGAGUCCACACGGGCGAGCGACCCUACGAGUGCCCGGAAUGUGGGAAAAUGUUUAGUGAUGGCUCAGCCUUUAUUAACCAUCGGAGAAUCCACACGGGAGUUAAACCCCACAAAUGCCUCGACUGUGGGAAAAGCUUCAAUCGGAGAUCAACCCUGGUUAGACACCAGAGAACCCACACGGGAGAGAGACCCUUUAUAUGCCUGGAGUGCGGGAAAAAGUUUAGUGACAGUUCAGCCCUCAUUGUGCAUCAGAGACUCCACACUGGGGAUAAACCCUUUAAAUGCUCUGACUGUGGGAAAAGUUUCUUUCAACUCUCACGGCUCCUUGCACAUCAGAGAAUCCACACCGGCGAGAACCCCUAUAAAUGCCCCGAGUGUGGGAAAAGGUUUAAUGACAACUCAAACCUUAUUACACACCAGGUUAUCCACACCGGAGAGAGACCCUACAAAUGCCUGGACUGUGGGAAAAGCUUUGGUCGCAGCUCACAUCUUAUUACGCAUCACAGAACCCACACUGGAGAGAGACCCUAUAAAUGCCUGGACUGUGGGAAAAGCUUCAAUCAGAGCUCAAACCUAAUUACACAUCAGAGACUCCAUACAAGAAAGAAACCUUGACUGUAGUAGAACUUUCAGUUGGGGCUCUGGUCACAUGAGACAUCAGCAGAUCCAUAUAGGGGAGACACCUUUGAAAUGUCCUUGGAGUGGAAAAUGCUUCAAGCAGACUUGCACCAUAGUGGACCCACAGAGACUCCAUGAAGGAUCCGUUUCCUAGUUCCCACACACAUUAGCAGCUUUUGGUUCUCAGGGAUAGCUGCCUGAAACAGGAACAUCUUUUCCUAUGGAAAAAUUUGUGGGUUUGAAAAUAUUUUCAUUCUGAAUCUGGACAAAAAGUAAAAAAACCUACAAUUUUUUCCACCAAAGGAGUCUCCAAAAAAGAAACCAACGAAAAAAAAUACAGUUUCAGGAGCAAAAUGGAAGUUUUCAGCUUCCUGGCUGCCCAUCUCGUAGGCGCUUGUCAGUGUCCCUUUCUCCUUGCAGUCAGGAAGUUAAAUUGAGUCGGUUGCUCAGGUAGGGAAUGCCCUGCACGCUAGCCAACUUUUUAAAUGCCAAAUGGCUUUUCAGGUUUAAUGACCAUCUGAGAACGUAUCCAGGGAGUAGGAUCUCAUGCUUGGUCUACACUACAUACUUACUUCGGCAUAACUACAUCACCCAGGGGUAUGAAAAAUCCACACCCCAGAAAAAAAAUAGUGGGUGCCACCUGCAGAUCAGCUCCCUCCUCCCC